CAAUGAAUUGAAUGAGUUCGAUUUCGGUGUAGUGAAGUGAGAGUAGCAUAAUGGUUGUUUGACAAGAUUUCCAUGAUACUGAAUAUUAACUGUUUUUUAACUAAUUUUUCUGUAUGACCCUUUCAAAGUAAAAAUUUACACUAUUCAAAAUGAGCCUAAAACAAGGAAAGAAAGAUACAAAGAUGCGCAUUCGAGCUUUUCCAAUGACCAUGGAUGAGAAAUACGUGCAGAACAUUUGGUCUCUGCUAAAGAAUGCUAUUCAAGAAAUACAAAAGAAGAACAACAGUGGCCUCAGCUUUGAGGAACUUUAUCGAAAUGCAUAUACUAUGGUAUUGCAUAAGCAUGGGGAAAGACUCUACACAGGUCUCACAGAAGUUGUCACCGACCAUCUCGUCAUGAAGGUUCGAGUGGAUGUACUUAGUUCUUUGAGAAAUAAUUUCUUACAAACAUUGAACCAAGCAUGGAAUGACCAUCAAACAAGUAUGGUUAUGAUUCGAGACAUCUUGAUGUAUAUGGACCGUGUCUAUGUGCAACAAAAUUCUGUGAAUAAUGUAUAUAAUUUAGGACUAAUCAUAUUCCGAGACCAAGUGGUACGUUAUGGUUGCAUUAGAGACCAUUUACGGGAGACACUCCUGGACAUGGUCAUGCGGGAAAGGCGAGGUGAAGUGGUUGACAGACUGGCCAUUAAGAAUGCAUGCCAGAUGUUGAUGGUAUUAGGGAUAGAUUCCCGGUGUGUCUAUGAAGAAGAUUUCGAACAGCCUUUCCUAGCACAGUCGGCUGAGUUUUAUAGGAUGGAAAGCCAAAAGUUUCUGGAGGAGAAUAGUGCAUCUGUCUACAUUAACAAAGUAGAACAGCGCAUUAACGAAGAGGCGGAGAGGGCCAAGCACUACUUGGAUGAGUCCACAGAGAAACUUAUUGUGAAAGUUGUAGAGGAAGAGCUCAUCAGCAAGCAUAUGAAAACCAUUGUAGAAAUGGAAAAUUCUGGUGUUGUACAUAUGCUGAAGAACCAAAAAACUGAAGAUCUUGCAUGCAUGUAUAAGCUAUUUAGUCGUGUGCAUGAUGGUCUCAAAACAAUGGUGGCUUGUGUGAGCAGUUAUCUUCGUGAACAAGGGAAAGCUCUUGUCACAGAAGAUGAAGGUGGAAAAAGUGAUGCUCUCACUUUUGUCAAAAAUCUUCUGGAUCUUAAGGACCGAUUUGAUCAUUUUCUGAAUCACUCUUUUGGUGAGGACCGAUUCUUCAAACAGAUGAUAGCCAGUGAUUUUGAGUGCUUCCUUAACCUUAAUCCCAAGUCUCCUGAGUACCUCUCGCUCUUCAUUGAUGACAAGCUUAAGAAAGGAGUGAAAGGAAUGACUGAACAAGAAAUUGAACAAGUUUUGGAUAAAACCAUGGUUUUAUUCCGUUAUCUCCAAGAGAAAGAUGUCUUUGAGCGUUACUAUAAACAACACCUGGCCAAGAGACUGCUGCUCAAUAAGAGUGUUUCUGAUGAUUCUGAGAAGAAUAUGAUCAGCAAGCUCAAGACUGAGUGUGGUUGCCAGUUCACGUCCAAAUUAGAAGGCAUGUUCAAAGAUAUGUCUGUAUCUAACACAAUGAUGGAAGAAUUCAAAACCCAUGUCGCUUCAUCUGGGACAAAUUUGUAUAAUGUAGACCUGAAUGUACGUGUGCUGACAACAGGUUUUUGGCCCACACAAUCAGCUACACCCAAAUGCAACAUUCCUAUGGCACCAAGGAAUGCUUUUGAAGCUUUCCGACGGUUUUAUCUUGCCAAGCACUCUGGCCGGCAGCUGACUCUUCAGCCACAGCUUGGUUCUGUGGAUCUGAAUGCAGUGUUCUACGGCCCCAGGCGUGAAGAAUCCGACCAACAGCAACCACAGCCAAGUUCUACAUGUGGGGCCCGUAAACACAUAAUUCAAGUGUCCACAUACCAAAUGUGUGUCCUCAUGCUGUUCAAUGCACGGGAGAGGCUUACUUAUGAGGAAAUUGCAAAUGAGACUGAUAUUCCAGAGAAGGACCUUGUCCGAGCUCUACAAUCUCUAGCUAUGGGCAAAACCAACCAGAGAAUACUUAUUAAAGCACCAAAAACUAAAGAAAUAGAAUCUACACAUCAAUUUACAGUCAAUGAUUCUUUCACAUCUAGAUUACAUAGAGUAAAAAUUCAAGCUGUUGCCGCCAAGGGUGAGUCAGAACCAGAAAGGAAAGAAACCAGGUGUAAAGUGGAUGAAGAUAGAAAGCAUGAGAUAGAAGCUGCUAUAGUAAGAAUAAUGAAAGCCAGAAAACGGAUGGCUCAUACUAUUUUAGUAGCUGAGGUGACUGAACAGCUCAAGUCUAGGUUUUAUCCAAGUCCUGUAGUAAUCAAGAAACGAAUUGAAGGUCUAAUAGAGAGGGAAUACCUGGCCAGGACUGCAGAAGAUAGGAAAAUCUACACAUAUGUGGCAUGAAGAUUUUGCCUUGUGAUGUUAUUGACUUUUUUUCAUGUGAAGACAGGCGAACAUCUCGUUUCUGUGCUCCAAAAUCUUGUAAAUUAAAAAAUUCAACCUGGACCAUGUCUCUUCAUUCCGUGUCACUCUUAAACCCUGAUGAAGAGCCACUUGUUCAGCCUGGAUGCAUCUCUUUUUUUUGUAAAUAGCCAAUUUGUUUGGAAUAAUUGUUUUAUUUUUUUUUCCAACGCUCCUUUGGAACAGUGCAUAGGGGUGUCUGAUUUUAUCUUCGUUCUACAUGACAUAAGCAGAUUUUCUUUUCUGGCAUAUUUUUUAAUAAAAAAAUGGCUGUUCUGAAUAUGAAAGUAUAUUGAUCGAAAACUUUUUGUUUUGGAAAAAAAAAAUAUUUUUUAAUAGAAUAUGUGAAAGAAAUGUUUUUAUAUAUUUGUGUAGUGUUAUUUUCUUUUUGCACAACUCAGAAGCAGAAUAUGUUAGUUCCUCCUCUGUUACAAAAUUUUUUUUUGUUAUUUGUGCAAACUUAAAAACAUCCUUACCAUGUUUAUGGAGCAAGAUUUUGUGUGGUUAAAGUUUUAAGAUAUUUUACUUGGUCUUGAUAUAAAUGAGUGUAUAAUAGUGUAAAUAUAUACCUGUUAAGGAUUUAUAUAAUUUAUUGGAAUCCUACUUGUCAAUGCAACAAUUUUAUUUUGAAGUCUCUUGAGUAGAAUCAUUCUGCAGCUGCUUUAAAUCAACUUGUAAAAAUGAAAAAUUAAACCAAUGAAAGAAAUAUUCUAUAUAUAUAUAUAUUUUUUCCCACAUAACCUUAUAAAAAGGAUGUAAACUUCUUUAUCAUAGCACUCAGUAUCAAUUUCUUACUUGGUAACGAUUUCAGUUACGUAGCUCAAUUGGUGUCUUAAAAAAGGGAAACGAAACAAUAAGAUUUAUAUUUAUAUAUAAACACUGAGUGAGGACUCAAAUGCUUCUAGAAGAUAAUAUAAACCAUCAUGACUGUUAGCAUAACUUCAGUGCAAAAGAAGAAACACAAGAUUUUGUGUACAUUUAUAUUUUGAUAAUUAAAUGAGAAUGAUCAGAUGAUAAAUUUUUUUUUCUACAAAUUUUCCCCUCUAUUCUUAAGUGCUAUUUAUACAAUAUUUGCAUAGGUUUGAUAUUUCAUUUUGCUUAGUUCUUCGUGCACCAUACCCUAACUAUUUAAUAUAUAAAUUGCAUUGGUUAAUUUGUUCUAUAAGAUUUUGUUUUCUGUAAUGUAUAAAAUAAAAGUUUCCUACC